GUAGAUACAAAGCGUGUUUGAGGGGAAGAUUUUAGGAGCUCGUCUCUUACAGACAGAGAUAAAGCGGUUUGUUUAAGAAGAAUAUAAGGGAAACUUAGUCUUGUUAGGGUGGGUUUCUUGUGUUCAUAUUGCUUUUGUUGGCUGUUCUUCAGCGGUGAUGAUAUUCAACGAGUCGUCCAACCGGAAACCGGUUUGUUUUUGUGUUCUCAUCAAAAGACAAAGAAGUUUUGUUGAGUGACUAUUGUCACAAUUCAAAACAGUCUUUGCGAUUAAAUCCUUGUGAGUUCAGUUGAGUUCACUGUUACCGGUUCAUGCGUCCGAAACACGAUCAAACACCAGAGUGAUCAGGGAAAAGAUGAUAUCCUUCUUAGUUUUACCUCAACAGGAAAAUCUGAUAUAAGCCUGACAGGGCCAGUACCAGCGCUUGGUAAAAGUCGUAUGGCGUUGUAAAUCGAAAGAAGGAAAGAAAGAAAGAGAAAUUCAAGCACAUGGUAAAGAAGAUGACGAUCAGACUAGUCUUUCAUUGGGUUACCAGAAUAAUUGAGAAUGUUCUAGCACCGGUUGCCAUAACAGCGAUUGCUGUCCUUGUUUUUCUGCGCACUUUCUACAAAUACAGAGAUGGUAUUCAAUAUUAUUACCUGUAUGCUAUGUUGGGGGACAGUUUGUGUUGGUCACGUGGUACAGCCUCGGUUCUCUACGUCGGCUGUUCCCUGAUACUCCUUCCAAUGUGUCGCAAUAUGUUGUCCUUGAUCAGGAAUUUCAAUAAGAGUAUAACCCGUUCGUUUGGACGCCUAUUAGACAGAGGCAUCUGGUUUCACAAGGCAUGUGCAGCUGUGAUCAUCUUGUCAGCUGGAAUUCAUGUCGGAGCCCACAUUUUAAAUGCCAAGAGAUUUUCUGCAAACUACAGUGAUGAAUUCAAGGAUUUAAACUUUGCCUCCUAUCCAAAUCAGGAUCCACUGAAAAUGUACCUUACCUCAGUCAGUGGAACAACUGGAAUAUUGAUGACUCUCGUCUUACUCAUUAUGAUCGUAACGUCUAUGGUUGCUGUGAGGCGCGCCUCAUAUGAGAUCUUUUGGUAUACUCAUCAUCUCUUCAUUGUGUUCUUUUUACUUCUACUGGUCCACGGUCUCGGAGGAGUGAUAAAACACCAAGUGAACGUGGAUACUCACUCCCCCGGAUGUAAAAUGGCUGAAAAUAAGACCAAGAUUUCAAAUACCAGUCACGUGGUAUGGUGCUCAGAGGAGCCAGUCUUUCAAGCAGAUGAGCCGGAGGCCUGGAAAUGGUGUGUUUUUCCUCUUCUCAUUUACGUAACGGAGCGACUUACAAGAGUUUUCAGAAGCUUUCAGAAAGUGGAACUUAUUGAUGUGGUACAACACAGGGAUGGAGUGGUGGAGGUGAAAAUGAAAAAACAGAAGUUUUCAGCAGCACCAGGGCAGUACGUGUUCAUCAAAUGUGCAGAUGUAUCUAGAUUUGAGUGGCACCCCUUUACAUUGACUCAGUGUCCUUCAUCAGAAGAUUCAUCAUUCUCCAUUCAUUUUAAGAUUUUGGGAGACUGGACCGAGAAAUUUGCUGAUAGACUAUUAGCGGCGAAAUUUGAUGAUAACCAGAAAACCCUGGCUUCUGUAGAGCAAGAUGAAGAUUACCUUUGUUAUGUGAGGCAUUUUAUAAAAAUUUCUGUGGAUGGCCCAUACGGAAGUCCGUGCACGGACGUUUGGCGAUACAACGUCAGUCUAUGCAUAGCGACCGGUAUCGGUGUGACGCCUUUCGCUGCUCUUAUCCAGGAGCUCAGAGAAAAGAUAAGAACAAGGAGGAAACUCAAACUGCACAGAUUGUAUUUUAUAUGGGUGUGUAAACACGUGCAGUCAUUCCUAUGGUUUUUGGAUCUUUUGCGUUCCACCUUCACUGAGCUUUGGGAGAGCAACAGACCAGAUUUCCUUAUAUGUAACUUUUACGUUACAUGUUCACAGUCUGAGGAUCAGAUUAACAUGACUCAUCAAGACAAAUGGCUCACAGGCAGAUUGCACAAAUGUAAACCUUCUUGGAAAGCGCUGUUUGACCGAGUCAGCCGAGAAAAUCCGAGGACCAGAGUUGGUUUAUUUUAUUGUGGAAGUCGAAAAGUUACAUCGAUAUUGAAAAAGCGAAGCAAGCAGUUUUACCCGACUGGAACGAGAUUUAUCUUUAACAAAGAAAUUCUAACAUAGGAUAUUCUAAUAUACUACAGGUAAAACAAAAUAUAUAAGUAUGUUUCAUCCCUUAUUUCUAAGUUAGACAAGGAAAGAUUUGGAUACGCUAUUCAUUUUACAGUGCACAUCGAAAG